AUGGACGGGUUCUUCUGGAAGAUCUGGCUGGCGGUUGGAGCUCUCACAAUCGGUGGGACCUCCUCACUUCCACGCAAACCGCUGACGUAUGACAAGGCCGUGGAGCUUGGCGUGGCUAUCUACAAUAGCAAAGCAGGAGAAGACUCCCUCUACCGUCUCCUGGAGGCUGUUCCUCAGCCUGAGUGGGAUACCAGGACUGAAAGCAAUCAAGAGCUGAACUUCACCAUGAAGGAGACGGUGUGUCCAGUGGAAGACGAACAUCCCUUGGAGGAAUGCGACUUCCAAGAAAAUGGGGUGGUCAGACAAUGCAGAAGCUACUACUUCUUCGAGGAGAGGCCCCCGGUGAUUGUACUCACCUGUGUAACUGUGGAUGGGCUGGGGGAGAAGAAGAGAGAAGAGGAGGAGAAGAAGGAAGAAGGGAAGGAAGCAGAGGAGAAGCAGGAGGAGAAGGAGGAGAAGCCCAGGAGGGUCAAGAGAUUCAAGAAAUUUUUCAAUAAGAUCAAGAAGGGAGUCAAGAAAAUCAUCAAGAAAACCACAGUGGUCCUUGGUGCCCAUUUCCGCUGGUAA